AUGUCUUCAGAUACCGUAGGAAAGACUAUCACCUGCAAGGCCGCCGUUGCGUGGGAAGCCGGCAAGGACCUCACCAUCGAAGAUAUCGAAGUGGCACCUCCCAAAGAGCACGAAGUCCGCAUUCAGAUCCACUACACUGGAGUCUGCCAUACUGAUGCAUAUACGCUCUCCGGCAAGGAUCCUGAGGGCGCUUUCCCAAUCGUCCUGGGACACGAGGGAGCUGGCAUCGUCGAGUCUGUUGGCGAAGGCGUGACCUCGGUCAAGCCAGGCGACUACGUUGUCGCCCUCUACACCCCGGAAUGCAAAGAAUGCAAAUUCUGCAAGUCCGGCAAGACCAACCUGUGCGGCAAGAUCCGAGCCACGCAAGGCAAAGGCGUCAUGCCAGACGGCACCUCGCGCUUCAAGUGCAAGGGCAAGGACCUCCUCCACUUCAUGGGCACCUCCACCUUCUCGCAAUACACCGUCGUCGCCGACAUCUCGGUUGUAGCCAUCGAUAAGUCCGCGGCCAUGGAUCGUACCUGCUUGCUUGGAUGCGGCAUCACCACGGGUUACGGUGCUGCUGUGAUCACUGCGCAGGUCGAGAAGGGCAGCAAUGUUGCCGUCUUUGGAGCAGGGUGCGUUGGUCUGUCGGUCAUCCAGGGCGCGGUCAAGAAUGGCGCGGGCAAGAUCAUCGUUGUGGAUGUGAAUGACAAGAAAGAGGAAUGGGGCAAGAAGUUUGGUGCGACUGACUUUGUCAACCCGACUAAGCUGGGCAAGCAGUCGGUGCAGGAGAAGCUGAUUGAGAUGACGGAUGGUGGAUGCGACUAUACCUUUGACUGCACAGGCAACGUCCAGGUAAUGCGAGCAGCACUCGAGGCCUGCCACAAAGGAUGGGGCCAGUCGAUCAUCAUUGGUGUUGCGCCGGCUGGUGCUGAGAUUUCAACACGACCCUUCCAACUCGUCACUGGACGCGUCUGGAAAGGUUGUGCCUUCGGUGGUGUCAAGGGCCGCACACAGCUACCAGGUCUUGUCAAGGACUGGCAAGAUGGCAAACUGAAGGUCGAUGAAUUCAUCACCCACCGUCAACCACUCGACAAGAUCAACGAUGCCUUCCAUGACAUGCACGCAGGUGACUGCAUUCGCUGCGUCGUGGAUAUGGGUGCUCAGAAGUGA